ACACAGAGAGAGAGAGAGGCGCACAAAAAGAGAGACACAGAGAGAGAGACGCACAGAGAGAGACAUGCACAGAAAAGAGAGAGGGACACGCAGAGAGAGCGACAAUGGCGCAGAGAGAGAGACAGUGAGAGACACACACAGAGAGAGACAGAGAGA